AUGAUUGAAGAUAAUUCAGUUGCUGGGGAUGUCCCUGAUGAUGCCAAUGUAGAGGCUCAUCCAACUAGGGGAACGGAUGCUGUUAGCCACUCUCAAAAUGUAACUCAGGGCAAGGAGGGUGUGAAUGUCACCCCACAGACACGAUCUGUUUGCUAUGGGUGGGAGGAUGAACUCUCCAGUCUGCACUGGACUGAUAUUCUGUUUUGCAUUGGACUGCAUUUGUCUCUACAGUACUGCACUGAGCUGGAGUAUGAAUUACUUUGCACUGGACUAGGGACUGAUGUUGUAGCUGUACAGAUGAUGUUUCAGGAGAUAAAUGCAGCAGCUGUGAUGUUGCUGCUUUGGUUUUCUGGAGCAGAAACCAGAAGCUGCAUUCUGUGA